AUGCAAGCUAUCAACAAUCACUCGGAGGAUGAUGAUUUUUAUCCCAAUAAUCAGAUGGACUACCAACAUGAUGUUGAUAUGGGGCGGACCGAUUCAAAUGGUGACCCACCAUCAUCUGGAACAGCAUCACCUGCACCCCAGCACAACAUUGACAAUAUCAAAGUGGAAUACCACCCCAAUAGUGGUAGACCCACCAAAGUGUACCACUUUGAGGACUAUGGACAUGGUCCUGGUGCCCCACCAGUAGUUCCAGAAGCAGAUCCUACACCCUGGCAGCCGUUUCGCACUUGUAUUGACUUUGAGGUUGCGGAACUUGCUCAUGAUGCUGGACUCUCUCAUGAGCAGCUGGAUGGGCUCAUUCACCUCAUCCAUCGCAGCAGGAUUGAGCUCUUUACCCUCAAGAAUUGCAAAGAUGUAAGAGACACAUGGGACACAGCGUCAUUCAAGAUGACACCUUUUACAAAGGAGGAAGUGAUUGUGCCCUUCCGAGGUGUUGAUCAAACAUUUUUGCUAUUUCAUCAUUCACUGUGGGACUGGGUCACCAAUUUACUUCAAGAUCCACAAGUAGGUCCGAACUUUGUCUUCAAUGCGCAAAGGCUGUCAAAGUUCAACGGCAAGAAGUUUGUUCAAUUCAUUCAUGAACCAUGGACCACUAAUGCAAUCUGGGAGUAUCAGUCAAAAAUCCCACCAGAUGCAAAACCUCUUGCUUUCAUUUUAUAUGCCAACAAAGCAAAAGUGUCAUCAUACGUCACUCGCUGUGCUAAUCUUCCUAUUGCGAUUCACAAUGGAGAAGGCUUGGGUGGGGGGCGCGUUGUUGGUUGGCUGCCUAUUGUAAAGGAAGAUAAGAAACAUUCAGGAAAGCCCACCUUUGUCAACUUCAAGAAUGUGGUAUGGCAUGCCUCGUUUAUGAAGAUUCUUGACUGUCUGGUGCCACUAUCGAGGUUUGGUUCUUCCGUAAAAUGCUGGGAUGAUCUUAUUCGUGUCUUCUAUCCAAUUGUACUAAUACUAUCUGCAGACUAUGAAGAACAGGCUGUAAUGGCAUUGAUUCAUGGUUUGAUGGGCAAAUUUCCUUGUCCUAUCUGUCUAGUACCUUGUGAUGAGCUUUCAAAUACUCUCAAGAGUUCAUUUGGCAUUCUGGAGCACACCGACGUUCACAGGGCUCUAUCGCAUGAUAAACUCCACUUCAAUGACAAGAGAUUGUUCAGUGAUCACAACUUUCAAUCAAUUCCGCAUUGGCGAAACCUGAAUCACUUUGAUCAGGUUAUACCAGUAUCGUUCUCUGAUGGAACAAAAUAUGAAGACAUCUCUAAGCUUAUUGUAGUUGCAGCGCAUAAUGUAUUUGACCAUGAUACGGAUCCAGAGGCAUAUCUCCUGCUCUGCUGUAUCCGAAACUAUGUAGAGUUUAAUAUGUAUGCUUCGUUAGAAGUCCAUACUGAAGAUACCAUCAAAAAUGGCCGGGAAGCAUUGUCAAAGCUCACUGAAUUGAUGGAUAAAUACAUUGAGGAUACAGCAGAGAUUUCCAAGAAGUCCUGGAAUUUCCUCAAGAAACAUCUUUCUGCCCAUCUCUUUGAUGAUAUUGAGGCAAAAGGUGUUUCUCAAAACUACAGCACCAAGCCGAAUAAGAAAAUGCAUGGCCCAUUGAAAGAUGCCUAUCAAGAUCGUACAAAUUCCAAAAACUUCGCUGAACAGAUCCUCCGAUACAACCAUGACAGCUUGAUUGUGGAAUACAUUUGCAACAAGCAGGUGGCAAUGUCAUUCACACACAUCGAGGCAGGUAGUCAGGGUAAUCCAGCAUUUGAGAGAUUUCGGAUCAAGCUAAACGACUUUCUGAACUGUGCGUUUGCUGCCAACAGCAUACCGGACGACAGAUUCAACUCGCUGCGAAUCUCGCUUGUUGACUGGCAAGUAUCCACAGACUACCUUCGAUACACUCCGAUGUUUCAUGGCUCACCGCACUAUGAUUGCAUCAUCUUGCAGACCGACACUGGCAUCAUCUUUGGCAAACUAGUGUUGAUUUUCACCUGCACAGUAGGGGAUGUUCAAUAUCCUGUCACACUUGUUCGACCAUAUGAUCGACUGGUUGGCAUUUUUUUGCACGUUAAGAGAAAGCCUAGGGCUUCUGCAGAGUUUUUCUCAGUUCACUCAAUUGUUCAGGGUUGUAUGAUAGUAGAGGAUGUCAGCAGACCUGACAAGUUUUUAAUUGUUGACACUAUUGAUACAGAUAUGUUCCUUCAAAUGCAGGACAUCCGCAGCCAGUGA